AUCACAAAGCAUUCACCAACUCUGAACGAAACGGCUAUGUUUUGGAAUGGCGUGUCCCUGGUCUCUGUAUUGCUUCUGGUGGUUUACUGUCCCUCGAUCAUAAGCCAUGUACAGCAUAAUCCACCAAUCGCAUCAGCUCCUAGAGGAGCUUUAUCCAAUCACCAUCAUUACAGUGAUAGUGCCGAACACGAUACAGCGUAUGAUCACGAUAUAUUUCUGGGUCGAGAUGAAGCUCUAAAGUUUGAUAAUCUCGAUCCAGAUGUUGCUAAGAAAAGACUGAGGCAAAUUGCAGAGAGGAUUGACGUAAAUAAAGAUGGAAAGAUCACAACUCACGAGAUGGAGAACUGGAUCGAGAGUAAUAUGAAACGGUAUUCAUUAAAGAAUACGAACGAUCGUUUAAAGGAAUGGGACAUGAACAAAGACGAUCAUAUCUCAUGGAAUGAAUACGUGGCAAGAUUUUCCGUUGCAAACAGUCCCAAACAGAAAAAUAUACUGGACUCAGAAAAACGACGUUUUGAUAAAGCAGACAUGAAUGGUGAUGGUAAGUUAAGCAGGGAAGAACUGAUAUUUUUCUUGCAUCCCGAAGAAAGUUCUUACAUGACGGAUGUUGUUGCCGAGGAAAACUUAGAGGCUCUGGAUACAAACAAUGAUGGAUUGCUAUCUCUCAAAGAAUUUUCAGGUGGUAGUGCUGGAAGACUUAGUGAUUUAGAUCUCUAUGCUACUGUUGGCGAGUUUGCUCCUCUUGAUAAAAAUAAAGAUGGAAAACUGAGCAAGGACGAGUUAGCUCCUUGGGUUCUCCCUAAUGACGCAUAUACGGUCAGUAAUGAAGCAAUGCAUCUUUUGAGCCAAGCUGAUCUAAACAGGGAUCAUGUGUUGACCUACGAUGAAAUUGUGAACAGAUAUGAGGCAUUCGUCGGAAGUAAAGCGACGCACUUUGGGAAACUUCUUAAACCAAAUCCAGAUUUGUAAUAUUGCCAAUUCAUGUAAAUAAUUAAUUCUUGAGAAAAUGUGUUUGCGUGUAAAUAUGCACACGAAUACCAUUCUAAAAAUAGUAAAAACAAAAAAUGCUUUAAUAACCAUGCGUUUGAUGAAUAAAACAAUGAAAAUGACUAAUUUCAUAAAAA